AUGUUCGUCGAUUCACUGGCCUGCCUCCAUCCGAUUAAGAUCCCACGGCAUUUUAACACGCGGUCUGGUGACCGUUGUUUAUUAUUGGGUUUCUGUGAUGCAUCACAGCGUGAAUAUGCCGCUGUUAUCUACCUCUGCGUGCUGGGCGACCGAGAGGACGCUUCAGUUUCGUUGGUCGGCGCGAAAACCAAGUUAGCGCUUAUUAAAUCAUUGACCAUUCCCCGGCUCGAAUUAAACGCCGCUGAACUGUUAGCACGUUGGUUACACCGCAUCAAAUGCGUUCUUGAUGCUCAGCUCAACUUCGUAGGUGUACACGCCUGGACAGAUUCAACCAUUGUCCUAUCGUGGCUGGUAAACCGUCAUGAGUCGUUUAAGGUUUACGUGUGA